GAAAAUGGUAUUCCCCGGAAGUGACUUCACGGCCUCCCGGAGCGGCUUCCAGUUAGCGGAAGUGACGGAAGGAGGUCGGUGGUUCCCGAGGCUGUGGAGGGCGAGGUGACCCCCGCGCGGGAGUGAGGCGCCGUCACGACCAUGGGCCGCGAGUUUGGGCAUCUGACACGGAUGCGGCAUGUGAUCACCUACAGCUUGUCACCCUUCGAGCAGCGCGCCUUCCCCCACUACUUCAGCAAGGGCAUCCCCAACGUGCUGCGCCGCACGCGGGCGUGCAUUCUUCGCGUCCUGCCGCCGUUUGUAGGGUUUUAUCUUGUCUAUACCUGGGGGACCCAGGAGUUUGAAAAAUCCAAGAGGAAGAAUCCCGCUGCUUAUGAAAAUGACAAAUGAGCCACUCAUCUGGAUAAUGGUUCCCUUCAUCUGAAAGCCCUUCUCUGGGAGAGGAGUCGACACUGUACUGUCUUGAAGACAUAAUAAACUUCUUAUGGACUGCA